AUGCCUCGGGAGCAGCAGGCUGGCUGCAUCUUUCUCCUCACAUUCCUGAGUCUGUCUGGACUGGUUGGCACAGUUACCAGAACAUACUACAUUGGGAUUGUGGAAGAAUACUGGAACUAUGUCCCCCAAGGGAAGAAUGUUAUUACUGGGAAAAGUUUCGCAGAAGACAAACUUGCAACAUUAUAUCUCGAAAGAGGGCCCAACAGGAUAGGUGGUAUUUACAAAAAAGCCAUUUACAGACACUACUCAGAUGGGACCUAUUCCACGGAGAUCCCUAAACCCUCUUGGCUUGGAUUCCUGGGCCCCAUCUUGCGGGCUGAAGUGGGUGAUGUGAUUGUGAUUCAUUUGAAGAACUUUGCUUCCCGGCCUUACUCUUUGCAUCCACAUGGUGUUUUCUACAACAAGGAUUCAGAAGGAGCUCUGUACCCAGAUGGAACAUCUGGAAAGAACAAGGAUGAUGACAUGGUUCCUCCUGGUAAAAACUACACCUACGUCUGGCCGGUGAGGGAGGAAUAUGCACCUGCUCCAGCAGAUGCCAACUGUCUGACUUGGGUGUACCACUCACACAUUGACGCCCCUAAGGAUAUUUGCUCUGGGCUAAUUGGUCCACUGCUGGUGUGUAAGGAAGGUGUCCUUCAUAAAUAUUCAGGAACAAGGACUGAUGUGGACCGAGAGUUCGUCAUAAUGUUUACUUUGGUGGAUGAGAACCAGAGCUGGUACCUCAAUGAAAAUAUCAGACACUUCUGUAGUCACCCCGAUUCUGUUGACAAAGAAGAUGCUGUUUUCCAGAGGAGCAACAAAAUGCAUGCCCUCAACGGAUACCUCUUUGGAAACUUCCCAGAGCCUGAAAUGUGUGUUGGUGAAUCCGUGUCCUGGCACCUAUUCGGAAUGGGAAAUGAGAUAGACAUCCAUUCCAUCUAUUUUUAUGGCAAUACCUUCAUCAGCAGAGGGCACCGAACUGAUGUUGUCAACCUGUUUCCAGCCACCUUCCUGACUGUAGAAAUGAUAGUUGAGAACCCUGGGAAAUGGAUGAUUACUUGCCAAGUCAGUGAUCACCUGCAAGCUGGUAUGCUGGGGCAAUACAAUGUUGGUACUUGCAAAGGUGUUGCUCCCCACCACAAAAUGAAGGGCAAACAGAGACACUACUUCAUUGCUGCUGAAAAAAUUCUUUGGGAUUAUGGUCCUCAAGGCUACAAUAAAUUCAGUGGUCUUCCCCUCAAUGCCUCUGGCAGUGACUCUGAGCCCUACUUCAAACAAGGAGAGAACAGAAUAGGAGGAAAAUAUUGGAAGGCUCAGUAUAUUGAGUAUACUGAUGCAACUUUUAUGCAAAGAAAGAGACUCUCUGAAGCAGAAGACCAUCUUGGAAUUCUUGGGCCAGUCAUCAAGGCGGAAGUGGGUGAUACUUUGUUAGUAACCUUUGCCAACAAAGCAGACAAGGUCUACAGCAUUUUGCCCCAUGGUGUGAUCUAUGACAAGGCAUCAGAUGCAGCCCCAAACAUAGAUGGGUUUCUGAAACCAGGGGCACAUGUGAAGCCAGGUGAAAUAUUCAUAUACAGGUGGACGGUGCCUGAAAGCGUAAGCCCAACAGAUGGUGACCCUCCCUGUCUGACCUACCUUUACUUCUCAGCCGUUGAGCCAAUAAAGGAUACCAGCUCUGGUCUUGUAGGACCUUUGCUGAUCUGUAAAAGGGGUGUUCUCAAUGCUGAUGGAACACAGAAAGGAAUAGACAAAGAAUUUUAUCUCCUGUUUACAGUCUUUGAUGAGAAUCUGAGCAGAUACAUUGAUGAAAAUAUUCAGAAGUUUACCUGGCAUCCUUACAGUGUUGACAAAGAGGACAAAGAGUUUGUGAAAUCCAACAAGAUGCAUGCUAUCAAUGGAUAUAUGUAUGGCAAUCAACCAGGCCUAACCAUGUGCAAAAAGGAUCGAGUCUCUUGGCAUAUGAUUGGAAUGGGUACUGACACCGACAUGCAUGGAGUUUACUUCCAAGGGAACACCAUCCACAUGCGGGGGACUCAUCGGGACACCCUGGCCCUGUUCCCCCACCUCUCUACAACGGCAUUUAUGCAGCCAGACAAUGCAGGCAUUUUCAGGGUGUUAUGUUCCACCUUGCAUCACUUUGCAAGAGGCAUGGAUCAGAUCUACCAGGUUAACAGCUGUGGCAACACGGAUCCUUCUGAGCAGCCAUAUGGGAUGAUAAGAACCUUUUACAUCGCUGCUGAAGAGGUAGAAUGGGAUUAUGCCCCUAACAAAAACUGGGAGUUCGAAAAGCAGCACUUGGACGCAGGAGGGGAAAGACACGGAGAUAUAUUCAUGAACCAUACUGAAAACUGGAUUGGCUCUCAGUACAAGAAGGUGGUUUACAGGGAAUACACCAAUGGAGAAUUUGUGGAAAUCAAAGCCCGGCCACCACGCGAGCAACACUUAGAACUCCUAGGCCCAAUGAUUCAUGCAGAGGUGGGUGAUUCUAUCCUGAUCAUAUUUAAGAACAAAGCCAAUCGGCCCUACUCCAUCGCAGCCCAAGGUGUGGAGGACACGGAUAUUGGGAAGCAACUCCAAGUGCCCAUCACAGAGCCAGGAGAAGUAAAAACUUACCGAUGGAAUAUCCCUAAAAGGUCAGGCCCUGGGCCCUCAGACCCAAAUUGCAUUCCAUGGGUUUACUAUUCGACAGUAAACUUUGUGAAGGAUACAUACAGUGGUUUGAUGGGUCCUCUGAUUACAUGUAGAGAAGGAGUAUUGAAUGACAAGGGAAGAAGAAGUGAUGUUGACUAUGAAUUUGCUCUCUUGUUUUUGGUAUUUAAUGAGAAUGAAUCCUGGUAUCUGGAUGAUAAUAUUAAGAAAUAUCUCAAUAAAGAUCCACGAGAUAUUAAGUACACUGAUGAUUUUGAGGAGAGCAACAAAAUGCACGCUAUAAAUGGGAAGAUUUUUGGGAAUCUCCAUGGGCUCAUAAUGUAUGAAGAUACAAUGACAAACUGGUAUUUGUUAGGACUUGGCAGUGAAGUGGACAUACAUACCAUCCAUUAUCAUGCUGAGAGCUUUCUUUUCAAAAUAGAUAAGUCUUACCGAGAAGAUGUGUAUGAUCUUUUCCCUGGGACAUUCCAAACCAUCGAACUGUAUGCAGAUCACCCAGGGACAUGGCUGCUACACUGUCAUGUGUCUGACCAUAUCCAUGCUGGGAUGGAGACCACCUACACGGUCCUCCGCAACAUAGACAACAGGGUUCCUUACUCUACCAGGUCUCCUUCUGAAGAAGAAGAAGCUCAUCCCGUCCCUGUCCCUGGGCCCUCUGAUGAAGAACCUGGUAAGGAGGAGGUCUAUUUUUUUGGCAAGAAUCUGGGUCCCAGAGGAGCCAAAGCAGCCUUGGUCAUCCUUUUUCUCAUCGGACUGGCCCUUGUGAUAUCCACGCUGGUUCUCUCCCUCAGACUCCGCUCUGUGCGGAAGCAGAUGGCAUACCAGGUCGUCCAAUCCUGUGCUCUCCCCACGGAUGCUCUGUGA